GUUUGUGCAGUUCAUGUUCUCUCAUAAACAAUUUUACCUUGUUUACAACAAUAAACAAUGUAAAUACUAAAAAAAAAUAAAAUAAAUUGAUAAAUCAUGUUAGAAUUAGUGAAACGGAACAGUAAUUUUUUAAAACCACCAAUUAACAAUGGAAAUAGGGGUACAUCCGGUAGUAAUGGUGGCGUACAGUUUAAAAAAAAUAUUGAAAAAUUUACAAGUGAUGUGAAAAAAACGACUACAGGUGAUUGUUUACAACGGAAAAAAUUUGAUCGUCCAAAAAGUUUAUUGUGUUCGUUUAAAUCGUCCUCGUCGAAUCAUUCAGAUGAAAAUCGUAAAUCAUCUUCAUCAUCAUCGCAUAAUGAAAGUUUCACAUGGAAAUUUCAUCGUCCGCCAAGACCAAAGAGUUUUAACGAUUCUGAUUAUUUACGUCAUGAACCGGCAACGGCAAGCGGUUCAUCGAACCGAAGUAGUCCACAACAUUCGGGGAGAUCCCGAGAGUCAUCCAACAGUAGCGGGACGAGUUCGGAUCAUUGUCCACUCAAAUCUCGUGGCAGUCCAGUAGCAUCCCGAAAUAGUGGAAUGGCUGAAGACAGACAUACACCGUCCCAUGGGAUGAGGGGUUCCCCUUCAUCUUCUGUUUCACAAAUGAAUCAGGAUAAAUCGACUUUAAAAAUUCAUUUACCGAAAUGUGGACUAAAUGUUAUUAAAUAUGGAGAUGCAACAGACGUUAAAGGAAUUAUAUCGCUAGUAACAGAAAGAUUAGCUACAGGAGUUAGAUACUUUAAGAAUUUGUAUGCAAUACGCUUAUAUCAUCCUGGAACGGGAGAGGUUUAUUGGAUUCAUCAAGAUACAACAAUGUCACAAGUUCAAGAAAAAUGUUCAAAAAAACAUGCACCAUCCGAAUGGCGUUAUGAAUUACGAAUACGUUAUUUACCACCCAGUAUGCAAGAAUUAUAUGAAAAAGAUAACGUAACAUUUCAUUUCUUCUACGAUCAAGUUCGUAUUGAUUAUCUAGCAACGAAUCGUACAAACAUCGAUGCUGAUAUCGCAAUACAACUAUGUUGUUUAGAAAUACGUAAUUAUUUUAAAGAUAUGCCACAAAUGGCAUUAGAUAAAAAAUCAAAUUUAGAAUAUUUAGAACGUGAAAUUGGUUGGAAUAAAUUUUUACCAAAAUGUAUUACCGAUACAAUAAAACCAAAACAAUUACGAAAAUUAAUACAACAAAAUUUUAAGAAAGUAUCCAAUUUAUCGGAACGUGAUUGUUUAUUACGCUUUUUUGAAUUAUUAAAAACACAAUAUAAUUAUGAUGAAGAACGUUUUAGUGUUGAUUUGGGAUCAUCAUGGUCCAUACCGGUAGAAUUAGUUAUUGGUCCACAUUUAGGUAUAUCAUAUUUUACGUUACGUGAUACAAAUCCAAUGCGUAUUGCUGAUUUUGAGAAAAUACAACAAAUACAAAUUGUUUUAAGUGAUUGUGAUACACAUCAAAAAUUUAUUUUACAAAUACGUGUACAGGGUGCACAAGAGACAUUAUCAAUUACAUGUGACUCGUUGGAGAAAACGGAGAGUUUAGCUGAUUUAAUUGAUGGUUAUUGUCGGUUAAUUAAUAAUACGCAGACGUCGUUAUGGAAUCGUAAAGCUGCCGUUUGGACUAAUUUUCCAUGUCCAUGCAAAGAUACUUCGCAACAAAAGAAAGAAGCUAAUAAACAUGGCACAAUGCUAUCAGAAGAUUAUGCAGAGAUUGUUGAUGAAGAAGGUGAUUACUCAACGCCAGCAACACGAAAUUAUGAAUUAAUACGUGAUCAAAUCGAGUUGGGUGAAAUCAUUGGGGAAGGACAAUUUGGUGAUGUGCAUAAAGGUACUUAUAAAUCGUUACGUGAUGGUUCCGUAACACCCGUGGCUGUAAAAACAUGUAAAGUGGAGGCAGAUUUUGCAACAGCUGAAAAAUUUUUAGAAGAAGCUUACAUCAUGCAACAAUUUGAUCAUCCACAUAUUAUUAAAUUAAUCGGUGUAUGUUCACAAAAUCCAAUAUGGAUUGUUAUGGAAUUAGCUAAAAUUGGUGAACUUCGAGCCUACUUGCAACAAAAUAAACAAAGACUUGAUUUAGGUCACUUACUAUUAUAUUCAUUUCAAUUAUCGACAGCUUUAAGUUAUUUAGAAUCUAAGAAAUUUGUUCAUCGUGAUAUUGCUGCAAGAAAUGUCCUUGUAUCAUCACCAAAUUGUGUAAAAUUAGCUGAUUUUGGCUUAUCACGUUGGGUAGAAGAACAAAGUUAUUAUAAGGCUUCCAAAUGUGUGUUACCCAUUAAAUGGAUGGCACCCGAAUCAAUAAACUUUCGUCGAUUUACAACGGCUAGUGAUGUAUGGAUGUUUGGUGUAUGUAUGUGGGAAAUAUUAAUGUUUGGUAUCAAACCAUUCCAAGGUGUAAAAAAUACAGAUGUGAUUGGUAAAAUUGAAAAUGGUGAACGUUUAGCAUUGCCAGCAAAUUGUCCGCCACGUUUAUAUUCGUUAAUGAGUCAGUGUUGGUGUUAUGAACCAAGUAAACGGCCUACAUUUAAAAAUAUUAAAGAAGUCUUAAAUGAAAUUUUAAUGGAAGAGCAGUCACAGCAGCAGGAAACAAUGCGACGAGAGAAUAGACGUGUCCAAGCAAUGUCAUGGGGAUCUGGUUUAAUGGACGAAGCCCCACCAAAACCAAGUCGAUUACCUCUUCAAGGUGUUGAUUCCACAUCCACAAACAGUUUAUCAUCAACAUUAGGAGUGAAUUUAAGUCCUGUGUCACAAACUGGCGGUCCACAAACGUAUAUUGUUGCCCAAAAUCCAGAAGUAUUAAAACAUUUAUUACGUGAAAAUGAAAAUCGUGGAUUAUGUCCAUCAGCAUAUACAACACCUGCAUCGGUAUUUAACACCUUAGCUGUUGAUUUUGUUGAAAAAGAUCAAGGUCCCGUUCUAGCUACAGCUCCAAUACCCGUCCAAACUAUACACAGUUUAGAUCCAAUUAUAACAGAAACACCAACUUUACCUACUAACACAAUCACAUCCGUUAACAGUGGUGAUGAUAUUGGUCUAAAAUCACAAUCCUCUAGUCAAAAAUCUAGUCCACAACAUUCAUCACCUAAAAUGAAUUCAUUAGAUCGUAAAAAUAUGUCACCGAAUUCACGUAUGAGUUCUUUAGAACGAGGCGCAGGCUCAAAAUUUAGUUCGUUAGAUAAAAAUUUAUAUAAGAAAAGUUCUUUGGAACGUGUCUCAAAACAUAAUUCACUUGAACGUGACAAUAAAAGUUGUCGAUCAUUUGAAUCUGACUCUCGAAAUACUUCAAAAACAAACUCAUUAGAACGUAGCAUGACCAAAACACCGGUUGAUUCUAGUCCAAUGUCAACAUCAUCGUCGCAUAUUGAACAACAACAUAACACAAUGUUUUCAUCAUGCUCCAAAAAGAUUGAGAAUUUAUCACAUUGUGAACAAAAUAUUCCUAUACGACAAUAUCCCUGUUUCCAACAAAAAGUUGCUACUGAAUAUGUUUAUCAAGAUCAGCAAACAGAAAAUAUUUAUGAUUUCGGUGGAGCAAAUGUUAAAAGUUGUGCUCAUAUUAAAAAUAAUCAACAUUUUGCUCAAUAUCCUGCUCCAAAUAAGUAUGUUUUACCCCAAUACCAUGAGAAUGUUGAUAUGCAACAUUCAACUGCAUCACAAAUCGCUCAACAACAGCAACAAUUACCACCAACAUCGCGUUUAAAGCAACAAUUUAGUGUUACACAAAGUCGACCAAUACAAAAUUUGAAUCAGCCACAGGCAUUACAUAGUUUUCAAAGUGUACAAAGUAAUUUAUAUGGUGAUGACAUGUUAGAUCGUAAUCACGAUAAUAGUUUAGAUUAUGAACAACAAUUAUUAGAACAAAGGCUUCAAAGACAAUUACGUGAAUCCGAGGAGGAUUCAAAAUGGUUACAAGAAGAAGAAAUUAAUUUGAAAAAACGCUUAUCAAUUAUAACAACAAUGUCAGAGAAUUCUGAUUGUACGGAAACAUUACCAACAAGUCCAAAAAAUACGUACAGCAACAGUAAUCCAUGUUUAACUACAACACAUGCACAACAAAAACUACCAUCAAAUAUACAAAACUUAAGUGGUGGUGGUAACUCAUCUCAAACUAGUUCAAAAAGUCAUUCACCAGCAAAUUCAGCAUUAACAAUGACCAAAGGUGAUCAUCAUCGUCAAUCUGAAUCUCCAAGUCAACAGUCGUCAUUAUCAUUUGAAAAUGAUGAAACAAGAUCAAAUGAUCAAGCUGCAUCUGAUAAACCUGUGAUUAAGAAAGUUGAACCAACACCAACAGCUGAUUUGGAUCGUACUAAUGAUAAAGUUUACGAUUGUACUACACAAGUAGUGAAAGCAAUUAUGGCAUUAUCGCAAGGUGUACAACAAGCAUUUGCACAUCAAUAUUUAGAAUUAGUACGGAAAGUUGGUUUAGAAUUGAAAGCAUUACUUACCAGUGUUGAUUCGUUAGUAUCAAUAUUUCCAGCAACAGCAUACAGAGAAGUGGAAAUGGCUCAUAAAGUAUUAUCAAAAGAUAUGGCUGAAUUAGUGAAUGCAAUGAAAUUAGCACAAAAUUAUGCUAAUACUACACUCGAUGCUGAGUAUAGAAAGAGUAUGUUGGCAGCUGCUCAUGUUUUAGCAAUGGAUGCUAAAAAUUUAUUAGAUGUAGUUGAUUCAAUACGUAUACGAUUUCCUGAAGUGAAUCAACGUAUAUUAUCAAUGUAUAUUGAAACAUUAGAUAUGGAGAAUACAAUUUCCGCUACCAUUAAUGAUUUACCAAAUACUGCUGCUACUGUUGAUGAAACGGAUCACAAUACUGCCAGCACCACUCAGUCACAUCUUUAUAAAUCCCAAAGAACAGUUCCUCAAACUAAUCAACCACAAUCAAUGUAUAUGUCAUAUCGACAUCAGCAACCAAUCAAUGCUCAACUUUAUACAAAUGAAACAGAAAUGGCUGCUCAAACAAGUAAACUAGAUGAUUAUAAUUAUAGAGAUACAAAAAAUCAUUCCAUCCCAUCAAUGACAGCAACAUCGUCAUCAUGUUUGGAUGAUGAACCAUUACAAAUAAUUGAGAAUGAAGACGACUUACAUUUAAUCAAUAAUCAACAGUUACCAAAAUCUGUUGGAUGUACUUAUGUUAGUCAACCGAUAUAUGCACAUUCACAAAAAAUUACAGCUACAACUAAGAAUAUCAACAACUCAGAUAAUAGUUAA